GCUAAUGGUUACGGUACUCGUCUGUAUGUGCGUCGAGACUUGAAAGUUACAUGUUAAACCAUUUGUUUUUUUUCCGUCUAAGUGACCAGAACGCAUCGGUCGCUUGGAGGGCUUUCUUGUAAAACGACCGCACCGUUGAACAUCCCAGGCGAGGUGGAUGUUCCUCACCCCUUGUUUUAUUUUUUACCGAUUGGUUUUUAUUGACAAAGUGUGCUGUCCCCUCUCCCCCUCUCCACCAUGCUGAGUUUCCUGCGAAGGACGCUGGGCCGGCGCUCCAUCCGGAAACAUGCGGAGAAAGCCCGGUUGAGAGAAGCCCAGCGUGCUGUGACACACAUCCCCGCUGCUGGUGAUGCUAAGUCCAUCAUUACAUGCAGAGUGUCCUUGCUGGAUGGGACAGACGUCAGUGUGGACUUGCCGAAAAAAGCCAAAGGUGAGGAGCUGUUUGACCAGAUCAUGUACCAUCUGGACAUUGUAGAGAAAGACUACUUUGGACUACGCUUCAUGGACUCUGCCCAAGUCCCGCACUGGCUUGAUGUAACGAAAAGUAUCAAAAAACAAGUAAAAAUUGGCCCACCAUACUGCCUUCACAUGAGAGUCAAGUUCUACUCUUCUGAACCCAACAACCUGCAUGAGGAGCUCACCAGGUACCUGUUUGUAUUGCAGCUGAAGCAAGACAUUCUCAGUGGAAAGCUUGAAUGCCCUUUUGAAACGGCAGUGGAGUUGGCAGCCUUCUCUUUACAGUCUGAGCUUGGGGAUUGUGACCCACUAGAACAUAACCUGGACCUGGUGUCAGAAUUUCGUUUCAUCCCUGAACAAACGGAAGGUGUCGAAUUGGCCAUUUACAACGCCUGGAAGGAGUGCAGAGGUCAGACACCUGCACAGGCUGAGAUCAAUUACUUGAACAAAGCCAAGUGGCUGGAAAUGUAUGGGGUAGACAUGCACAUGGUGAAGGCACGUGACGGUAAUGAGUACAGUCUGGGUUUAACUCCCACCGGAGUCCUGGUGUUUGAAGGUCAAACAAAAAUUGGCCUCUUUUUCUGGCCCAAAAUUACACGUCUGGAUUUCAAGAAAAGCAAACUGACUCUUGUGGUGGUGGAGGAUGAUGAGCAGGUGAAUGGAAAAGAGCAGGAGCACACGUUCGUCUUCAGAAUGGAUCAUCCCAAAGCCUGCAAGCACCUGUGGAAGUGUGCGGUGGAACAUCACGCUUUCUUCCGACUGAGAGGACCAGUUCAGAAGAACUCGGCACGCUCUGGAUUCAUUCGCAUGGGUUCACGCUUCAGAUACAGUGGCAACACAGAGUACCAGACAACCAAGUCCAGCAAGGCGAGGAGGUCAGCUUCAUUUGAAAGGAGACCCAGUCGACGUUACUCCAGAAGAACGUUGCAGAAUCGAGGUCCAUACAAUCCUCAAGAGGUUCUGACCUCGGGCAAUGGAGUCAGCUCAAUGAAAGAAAAUAAGGUCCCUGCCAUUCGAGGUGCAUGGUCCAGUGUGCCGGUCGUCAGUCCUGUCGCUGCCUCUCCCUCUGUUCCGAUGGAAAUUGAAGCUCUACCCAGAAGUCCCGGUGGUGAAAAAAGAAGUCUGUCGAUGGCUGCUGACCUGAUAGAAACAUGCAUCGAUGACGUCCUCAGGCCUCCUGCUCUUGCCGCUGAGUCCACUGCAGAGGAAGCCAGCAGUAACACCUAUCCUGCGCCGAUGGACGACCCACUCAGCCACUCUGCAGCUCGACUGAAACAGCUGGAGUUGGAAAGCAGCCCACGUCCUACAAAGAAUGUCAAUGUCAACAUGGUGAUGAACAACCAGGAGGACAUUGUGAAGAUUGCAGACAAAUGUGUUCUCAGCAGCACAGGAAGCAGUCCAGAGUUUCCUCUUCUCCGAACCCCCGACAAUAUGAAGAGUAACAUCCUGAAAGCACAGGUGGAGGCCGCGGCGCUGAAGGGAUGUUUGGAAGAACACAUUGUGGCGUCCGGAGACAAAAACUGUAAUUUACCAGAGAGCUGUGUGAGUGAGCGACCUGAUGGCUCAGAUAUGACUCGGGAUCUCACCAACCCAGCCAGCCUCCUCUCAUCAGUCGCAGCUGGCGCAGAGAGGUUAUCUGAGGACUCCAACCCAAUUCUUCCCAAGAUUCCAUCUGAGCCUGCCAUUGAGAGCUUGGCUGCGAAGGUCAAAGCAGAAGAAGUCGACAUGCCCAGCAUGGCAGCACCCUUGACUGACAAUCUCAUUGACUUCACAGAUCCAAUACCAGUGAUCCCAGCCGUGCAGCUGCCCAAACCUCUGAUCACACCGCGCUGGAUCAUUCCCGCUACCCCUCCUCUCGGUGCAUUUACCAACGGUCUACUGGACAUGGACCCCUCUGCAAAGUUCUCCCCUGCGGAUCGAGGAGCAGCCAUCACCCCCGUCCUCCCUGCUAAUGCAUGUAGCAUCAUCUCCACGAGCUGUGCGGAUCAGCAGCCUUCCUCAGAAGAUGGGCCCAAACCCAGAGGACUCCUGACCACAGAGCUCUGAUGACAAACCCUGAAGCAGCUAUCGCACCGUUUAGUGACGUCUCUCAUGCACACACACACACACACACACACACACACACACACACACACACGCCUGGACCACUGAUCCUCUAGUAUGAAAGUUCAGAUAAGGGAGCAAAGCCGCAACAACACUCGUAAACACACAGAAAACCUGCUAAUGCUAGUUCUGCUUUGAAAUGUAGUGUAGUUUUCUUACAUUUGUCCCCAAACACUGGAUGCCACCUCAGUCUGUCUGUGAUUUCAUGUGGUCAACGUAAAACGCAAUGACUUCGUCUCAGACGCCAAGACUGGAAGACCUUCAAUGCUGUAUCUGUAGCCAUUACAAACUCUGAGUCACUCUGGAUCAAGGGCUGAGACCACUGGACAAAAAUACUCGAGGAUUUUUAAAAAAUACUGAAUCAAUUUUUGUGAAGGAGGCGUGGCUGAACUGAUUCCCCAUGAAAAUAUGCCAUUCACCUUCUUUGAAAAUAAAUGUUUUAUUGUUUUUAAUUUGGCCGAUUAAGACUACUCUACGACAAAUAUCAGCUGCAGCUUUUUUGACAUUUUUAAAGACAAAUUUUAAUGUUGGGCUGUCGGUGACCUUUUUAUGGCUCGACAGGCAUGUAAAUCUGUGGUUUGAAUCAGUACUGUUUGUCGUCACCCCCAAACGCCUCAUAGAUUAGCUGAAUAGUUUUGGUUGUCUUGAAGUUCAAAUAGAACUUUAGAGGUGACGUGGAACUUGUCUGUGAAACUGUGAUCUGAUUCUAUAUUUCUGAGUAUAUUAACGAUCUGUAUCUCAUUGACUCGUACAAAUAGAAUGUAGCUUCUGCCCAAGUAUUGUGAUCUCGAUUGGAAAAUGAUGUCCUUUCGUUCUGACAUGUCUUUGAAAUGAUUCCUGUAGAUAUGAAGUAGAGUUCUAUAUAUUUUUAUAAUAAGUCAAACUCCAUUCCACUCAGCAUUUGGCCAUAUCUAAUUUAGGAGUAUUUUACUGAUCAACUGGAAUACUGUGGGCACUGUAACCUCCUCGCUGUCAUUUUUACAAAGCCUGUUUUUGUCCUGGGGAACCUGAUCAUGUCUCUCAGUAAAGAUU